AUGAAGGCUGUGACCUCGAUCGUUCUUCACUGCGCUGCAGUGACUGUCGCUGCUGCAGCUCUUCCUGACGAGAGCCAGGUAGUCACUGACCCUCUGGAGGGUUAUGAGAUUGUCCCAAUGCAAUGGAAAGGCUCUAUCAAGGAGGGAGAGGCUCCUAUCUCCCUAAAUGGCACUAUUGAGUCGGUUAUAUCUCAGAUCAAGGAGCUUAACCCGGAGUUCGAGCUGCUAGAGGACGAUACGGCCACCUUACCCACGAUUGAAGAGCGCAACCCAUCCAACAUCAUUUGCAAUGUCGGCGGGCACGGCUAUGUCGAUGUGCAAGCAGCUCGACGCGAACAACGGUACCUUCGCUCUUUGGGAACCAGUGUAUGCGGUGUAGGUGGUGGUCCCGGCAAGUGCGCUCGUGUCUCCUGUUCCUACGGCGAUGCUAUAUGGCUCUGCAACGACAACAGCUUCUACAUUGAACCCCGGUGCAGUUACUUAGCGGACUAUGUUGAUCGCAUUAUUGCGGCGUGCCAGUCGAAAACCAGCAGCCCGCCUUGUACAAGCAAGCCUUGCCCUCCCAGCUGGACUGCGUAUUUCGUUCGGGGCCAGCAAUUCGAUACUGACAGAUACAACGUUAUAGUUGGCAGAGACAACUGCUAG